AUGCGUAAAGUUCAACAAGCAAAGAAAGUUGAUAUCAAAGCUCCGAGACCAGUGAUCAACACAACGGAAUCAUUCUUUACAGCCACGUGGGUGUUAUUGAAACAGGCGAUACAACAGAUUUAUGAUAAAAAGAGUUCGGAUCUAUCCUAUGAAGAGCUCUACAGAAGCGCAUACAAAAUUGUUUUAAAUCGUCAUGGAGAAUUGCUGUACAAUAAUGUAGAGACUUGUAUGCGUGAACAUAUAGAUUCAUUAAUGAACAAUACUUUACGAAGGUGUUCUGAUGAAUUAUUUCUAAAGACAAUUUGCAACGUAUGGGAAGAGUACAAAACAGAAACAUCAGUCAUUAGCAGUGUGCUCAUGUAUCUCAACACCAAUUAUGUACAGAAGCAACAACAGCUACAACAACAAGUUGUCACAACCUCAUCCGUACAACAACCUCAAGUGAUGCACACUCUCUUUAUAUAUGACAAUGGCGUGGAGCUAUUCAAAAAGAUGGCAAUUUAUCAGUAUCAAUUGGGAGAUAAAAUCAGAAAAAUUAUACUGGAUUGUAUCGAAAAAGAAAGAAAUGGUGAAUCUGUAGAUAGACUUUUACUAAAGAAAACAGUGAGAAUGCUAUGUGAGAUGAAUUGCUAUUUAGACAUUGUCGAACAGCCAUUAUUGGAGACAAGUUCUAUAUACUUUUCUCGACUUUCACGAGAAUUAUUAUCUCAAACCUCGGUGACUGACUAUUUAAAAUUGGUAGAUGAAAGACUCAGAGAUGAGCAUAAGCGAAUUCAAUAUUAUCUCCAUCAUUCGAGUAAGCAAACAUUGGAUCAUGUUGUUAGACACGAAAUGAUCACCCAACAUCUCAAUUUUAUAAUGGAAUCUUCCAAUGGAUUUUUGUCCUUAAUCAAAGACGACAAGAUCUCAGAAAUGCAAAUAAUGUAUAAUUUAUUUAUUGUUAACGAGAAGGAACACCUCUCAGUUAUGAUCAACAUGUACAAUAAGUACAUUAGCGAAUACGGCACAAACUAUGUUUUGGACGAACAGAAAAUACAGGCCUCACCUGUAGCUUUUAUUGAAGGGCUGCUCGAACAAAAACGAAAAUAUGACAAAAUUACCUCUGUGUCAUUCAAUAAGAAUGAUCGAUUUGCUAAGGCUCAAAAAGAGGGAAUGGCAACGUUCGCAGAUGGAACAAAACAAAAAAGACUUGCCGAAUUUUUAUCUCUUUACAUUGACAGUAUUAUCAAAAACAGUGGAUCUUCAUCAAGUUUGGAACAAGAACUCGAUUCACAGCUAGAAGAAGCAUUAGAAUUAUUUGACUUCUUACGCGAUAAGGACAUUUUUGAGACUUACUAUAAGGUCCACCUUUCCAAGAGACUAUUAUCUAAAAGUCACCAAGCACAACCUGAAAAAUUAUUCAUUCUCAAGCUGAAGAAAAAGUGUGGAUAUAGUUUCACUUCAAAAAUUGAAGGAAUGUUUAAUGACAUGAAACUCUCUGCUCAAGCAAACGAACAGUACCAACAACAUAAGGCAUUCAACUCAAAACCUCCAAAAGUCGACUUUUAUGUAAAUAUUUUGACUCAUUCAUUUUGGCCUGCAUAUACAUUGUCAAAUGCUAAUUUGCCUUUGGAGCUAAACCAAUGCUGUGAUUCAUUUACUCAAUUCUACAAUGAUGUGCAUAAUGGCAGAAAAGUAACUUGGCAAAAAGCGUUAGGUGAUGGCAUUCUUGUUUCGAGGUUCCCAAGUGGAAAACACGAACUUGUCGCUUCGACAUUUCAAAUUGCCAUACUGAUGCUCUUCAAUGAUCAAUCGGAAUACACUUAUGCCAAUAUUAGAGAACUUACUCAAAUUCCAGAGAAAGAUUUGAAAAAGAACUUGACCAUCCUUUGCAUGAACAAGACAAAAAUCUUAAUGAAGGAACCAAAAACGAAAAACCUGGAGGACAGUCACAAAUUUGUUUAUAAUAACGAUUUCAAAUCUGCAAACUAUAGAGUGAAGUUAGCGCUAACUUCAACAAAAGAAUCAGAAGAAGAAGUGCAAGAAACUGAGACCAGGAUAGAGUUGGAAAGGAAGCCUGUAAUCGAAGCUGUGAUUGUAAGAGUUAUGAAAGCUCGCAAGAAAUUGCACCAUAAUGUUUUGGUCGAAGAAGUUGUGAAGCAGCUGCUAAGCAAAUUCAAACCAAAUCCUAUUGAAAUCAAAAGAAGAAUUGAAAAUUUGAUAGAAAGAGAAUUUUUGACAAGAGAAGAGAGAGAAUUCUAUAAUUAUGUGGCGUAA